UUGUUAUCCAAAAAACUUCCGUAUUUCCAUUUUCUGACACCUGGCGAUUCAUUGUACCUUAUGCCUAUGUCUGCCGAUCUAAAAUUUAGUCUAUCCCAUCAUAUUGUGAUGUUAUUUAGUGGAAAUAUACAAUUUUCUUCGUUUACUUUAAAAAUUAUCCAUCCAUCCAUUCUCCUUUAAAGCGGGGGUACGCAAAAGGCUCGAAAAUAUACCCUCAGAUUUUUCUUCUGUCGAAACCUAAUUGCGGCGCCAGCCACUAGGCUCUGGGGGGAGAAAACAAACUUUUUGGGACACGCCUUUUUUAACACCUGAAAACGCCCUCUUACCAACAUGGAACGCCAAUUUUACCUCGAUCCACGACCAACUUUUAGUUACGUAGGUAAAGGCAGUUUGAAAAUCAUAGCAUUACAUCUUAAAAUUACUUUGCCGAAAUAUUACCCCUCCCCAAACAUUUUCUCAUCGAAUUUAGACGGAAUAAAAAAUUUGUUGCGCCGAGAAAUGGAGGCGUGUCCCCACCCGUUACUGUCUGAAACCUGUAGAAAGGUGCAAGUUCUGGUUAUCCCUAGAAAACUAUCUUUACAAAAUUUCCUUGCGUCAUGACAGCCUUUAUUAAACCCUAUUACAAUCUUAUCAUUUUGUCCCCUACACUGCAAACUCUGAUUAAAAUUCAUUUUUAUUGAGUUUUCCUUAGAAAAGUAUCAAAAGAUCUUGUUGUGCACUCAGCUAAUAGCGGAAAAUUUUCCUCAGAGUAAGAUAUGCAUUUUCGUUACGACAAAUCGGAUGACUGUAAAUGACAUCACUCCAGUUGUAUGUGAACCUGUUACAUAUCUUUAAUAUCAUACAAGGACAGAUGAUUGUCCUGUCCUCUAAAGGCUUGGCUCUCCUAACUUACAAUAAGCAUAGAAUUAAAUGAAAAAGCUUGUUAUUUGCUUAGUAAUUAUACUGUUAUUUGAUGGUAUUUGCGAGAAAUGUUUUCUAGCAUGCUUUAUUUAACGGAGUAAAUAAGCUUCAUUGAUGCAAGGUGUUGGAGGAAUUUCACCUCACCAGAGCAUAACUACAGUAAAGCGACAUUUGUCAAUAAAAUUCAUUUUAGCCACAUUAUCAUCAGCCACAAUCUUUUAGCUUUUAAAACCCAUCCAAACAAAACGACUAAGUGUCUUUUAAGAUGCCCGCAAAGAGUUUCCACAUCAUGAAUCGAAUUUACUAUCUAAAGUGGGGAAGAUAUUGAGGGGCGAAAAUUCCCCACAACCCUGUAAAUUUCACAACUAAUCAGGGCCGUCGCGAGGCAAGCCUUGUUGAGGGGGGGGGGGGGGAGAAUUACGAAUUAACCUGAUUAAAAAAUAAUCACCUUAAAUUCUUUAGUUACUGACACGAACCUCUGCAAUACAUUUUGCCAAUCUAACUCAAUGGCAUAUGAUUCGCAACUUCCAUUUAUAUGAUAUUAACAGACUUUGAUAAUAGCUCUGUCAAAUCUGUAUAUCGGGAUGGGCAAAUGACAUAGUUACUUCCCAAAGAGGUGCCAAACUUGAACCGAUUGAUCAGAGGCGAGGGGCAAGGCACUCCAUGAAAAUCUCGCACACCUUUAGCAGAAAUCCCUUUCUUUUAUCUAAAAGUCCUUGGAAAUCUUUUUGUUUUUCGUAGAAAUCUCGUACCCUAUUUGCAAGAGUGACAUGCUCUUUGGACGAAAGCUCAUCAUAUUUUGUCUACAGUAUUUAAUUCUCUGUUCCAAAUGGAGGUUUAUAAAGAUUUUCGUUAAUGCGCAUCUGAUGACGAGAAGAAAGUUAAAAGAGGUGGAAUGUAGGUGCGUUGUGGUUGUAAGAGAUUUGGCAGAAGGAUAUUUGUUAUCCAAAAAACUUCCGUAUUUCCAUUUUCUGAUACCUGGCGAUUCUUUGUACCUUGUACCUAUGUCUGCCAAUCUAAAAUUUAGUCUAUCCUAUCAUAUUGUGAUGUUAUUUUGUGGAAAUAUACAAUUUUCUUCUUUUACUUUAAAAAUUAUGCAUCCAUCCAUUCUCCUUUAAAACGGGUGUGUCACAAAAAGGCUCGAAAAUAUCAAAAAGUCUUGUUGUGCACUCGGCUAAUAGCGGAAAUGUUCUCUUUUGCGGAAAAUUUUCCUCAGAGUAAGAUAUGCAUUUUUGUUACGACAAAUCGGAUGACUGUAAAUGACAUCACUCCAGUUGUAUGUGAACCUGUUACAUAUCUUUAAUAUCAUACAAGGACAGAUGAUUGUCCUGUCCUCUAAAGGCUUGGCUCUCCUUACGUACAGUAAGCAUAGAAUUAAAUGAAAAAGCUUGUUAUUUGCUUAGUAAUUAUACAGUUUUCUGAUGGUAUUUGCGAGAAAUGUUUUCUAGCAUGCUUUAUUUAACGGAGUAAAUAAGCUUCAUUGAUGGAAGGUGUUGGAGGAAUUUCACCUCACCAGAGCAGAACUACACUAAAGCGACAUUUGUCAAUAAAAUUCAUUUUAUCCACAUUAUCAUCAGCCACAAUCUUUUAGCUUUUAAAACCCAUCCAAACAAAGCGACCAAGUGUCUUUUAAGAUGCCCGCAAAGAGUUUCCACAUCAUGAAUCGAAUUUACUAACUAAAGUGGGGAAAGUAUUGAGGGACGAAUAUUCCCCACAAUCCUGUAAAUUUCACCACUAAUCAGGGCCGUCGCGAGGCAUACCUUGUUGAGGGGGGGGGGUGAAUUACGAAUUAACCUGAUUAAAAAAUAAUUACCUGAAAUUCUUUAGAUGCUGACACGAACCUCUGCAAUACAUUUUGCCAAUCUAACUCAAUUGCAUAUAAUUCGCAACUUCCAUGUAUACGAUAAUAACAGACUUUGAUAAUAGCUUUGUCAAAAUGUUGUCAAAUGUAAAACCACUUAAAAAGGGGUUUUUACCAAAGUGAGUUCGUAGGUUGUUCGCAGAAACGUACACGAUAAAUACGGCAAAAACUGUUCUCCAAUUCUUUAAUGUUUUACACUUCUGCAAGCUAGUGACAAGACACACUGAGUUCGACAAUCUUACAGUAAGACUGAAUCUAACUACAAAACCAUCCCUUUUAUACCCUAAGAUGAACCUCAAGAUAAUAAUUACAUAAUACAAACGCUGAUGCAAUUACAGUGCAAUGGUGCGAUUGCCACGUGAUAUUUUCCGUGUGGAGACCCUGUGUUGUAACAUAUAUAUCGGGAUGGACAAAUGAUACAGUUACUACCCGAGGCGGCACGAAGAAGCAGAAAUUUUUCGAAUUUUAAUGCUUCCAGUUCCGUGGAAAAUACUGUCUUUUAAGCAAAUUUUACUGAAGCAAUCCUCCAAAUCAUAUUGAAAAUCUUUUUUUUGCAUAUGGAUUGAACAGCAGUUAAAAACAACUGAUACAAUUUCGCCGUUGUCUUGAAAAUACCCAUGCUGUUGCGUUACUUCUAAAGCCAGGUAACAAGCAGCAGUGGUUGUCAAUUCAGACCCCUCUUUCCUUUCUAGAAUUCCUUUUGAAUGUAAAAAAGAUCUGGAGCUCACUAUGAAUUGCAGUUGAUGCUACUACUGAAAAUGGACACAAGGCACAAUUUUUUAUUUUUUUGGAAUUAGUGCCAACAUGAAAUCUUUAAACGUAGUUUGUUAGCCUUUAUUCAUAUAAAAAAAUAUCAUAUUUAACUAAGGAAGCAACUACAAUUGCUUGACCCUUUAUUGAUUUGAAGACGUGAAGGUCUUUGAUCUACCUACACAGUUUCUUCCACGGAACCUGUUAUGGAAUUUGGACUCUAGUAUAAUAAAGUAAUUUAAUCUCUUGGUUAUGUUGCGAAAUGGACGCGUUAUUAAAAUUUAUUAUUCUGCUGACAGCGCUUGUGAUUAGGGUAGAGUUCGGAACCAAGGGUAGAGAACGGACGUGCGUAACAGCACGAGAGGAGUACGGUCUUAUCAGCAUUAGGAAAUACAGAACAAGGGCCUAGCACUACAUUAAAAUAGGAAUUAUAUUCUAUCUUUAUACACAUUUGAUAUAGAGCCGAUUUUACUUGAAAUGUUCUUUUUGAGAUACUAUUGGGGGUAUGACACCCCUCCACACCCCCAGGUCGCGACGCCCCUGCCAGUGAUUCCAUACCUAAUAGCUGAGAAAACAUUAUAUAGAGAAAACCGUUUUUAAACUUUUUUUCAAAUUAUUUUAAGUUGGGGGGGGGCCUCAAAAGUGGUGCCACUGGAAAACUGGAGGGAUUCGCGAAAGGGUAAUCUUUGACAGAGAAAGGGAUGCGGCAUAAAGAUCUUUAUUUGUCCUCCCCACAUCUUGGUGAUCAGCUUUGCAAUAAGAACUGUAACAGUUUUGCCCUUAUUAUGCGUUUGCGCCACCCAGCAUCCUGUUGCUUACGCCAAGGAGCAGGCCCCCGCCAUUCCAGCCCACAGUCAGACAUCAUACGUCUUUAUUGUCUUCAGGCUCUUUUAUAACCUCAUAUAUGACCUUUCUCGGGGGUGGAAGAGGAAGAAAGCUUUGGUUUUCAUUCUAGUAUCCUCUUUCUGUGAGACAGUUUCCAAACAUACACUCCAAGGUCAGGCCAUGGUUAAGCAUCAGAUGGGUAAAUUAGAAAAAGGCCUUUUUUUCUCAUGUUUACCAGAGGACUACAUUUACGCAAGAUAAAAUACAGUAAAUCCCCGCAUAUAAGAACCUACAAAAAUAAGAACCUAGAGGCUGUUUUUCCUAAAUUAUGCCCCUUGUAAUUGAGAACCUAUUUGAGUGUGAUGAAAUAUAAUAGGUUCUUAUUCCAAGGGCAAACAAAUAGAGCUUUCAAUGGUUCUAUUUACUCCCAGAUUUUUAAAGAGGCGGUAAAACCACAAUCGGUAUCAAAAUUUUCAGUUGUGCAUUUUCAGCAUUUUAUACACUUUAACGAAGGAGAACUUUAAAAUCACUUUGACUUUUUAUCAUAAUUAUAUAUAGCAAAAUCCAAAAUGUUCAAAAAUGAAAUAAAAGCAUUAGAAUUCAUAAUUUUCAAUUCCUGAGGACGUAUGAGAUCAUCCCCAGAUCCAUCCACUGUCAUAAGGAAGCCGGUGCACUCAAAUGUCUUGUAAAUAUCUUUGUAAUGUUGCAUUAAGAACAUUGCUAAAAGGAAAAAACAGAGUUGAAUGCAUCUCUUGAUAAUGAAUCCUAAAGUUUUAAAUAAGGGAUCCUUCGAAUAAGAAUCUUCAUACCCUGAAAUUAAUCCAAGUACCUUCCCAAAAAGAACCUACUUCAGCCUGAACCUCAAAAAAGUAGGUUCUUAUAUGCGGGGAUUUACUGUAAGUAAUUCAGAGCUACAAAUUAUCCAAAAAAGGACAUUGAGCCUUGGCAAUAUUUUUUAAAAAUAUGUUGGAUUCGUGGCAUUUUUAAAAGGAGAUCUGGGUGUUUCUGCAAGCUUGUUUGAAGAGCUUCAUUUCCAUAAUCAAGUAUAUUUUUGCAGGUAUACCUAAAGAAGACCUCAUACAAGCAGGCAAGAAGGCCUUUUACUUUCAAGGAGCAAAGAUUUUUAAUAAACUAACAGACGAAAUGAAGUGUGAAACUUCAAUUUUAAGAUUUAAGACUUUUUGUAAAAAUUUUAACUACUACUUUUAAGAUUUCAUUUUCAUCAUGUAUUUAAUUUUUAUUUCGGUAAUCCAUGUAUAUUUUAGACAGGUCCUUUAUUGAUAACAGCACGUUGUUGCUGACCAAAGUUAACCUGUAUAAAUAUGAUAUUAUUAUUAUUAUUAUUAUUAUUAUUAUUAUUAUUAUUAUUAUUAUUAUUAUUAUUAUUAAGCAGUUGAAUUUCUGGACUGCAACAGGUAUCCUUUCCGCACGAGAUGGAUCCAUCUUGCAUACAAAAACUAAAUAGCCACUCAAUUCACACAAAAAAACAUCCUGUCGUAGGGAGCGUAAAAAAUUGUUUAUCCAGAACACCACACAAGAACACCAACAGCAAAUGCGAACAAUAGGGUAUUUUCCUAUUGAUGGAAUUUUGUUCAUGCAGACUAUUUGCCUAGGUAAAAGUAGGUUUAUGCAAACCAUUUGCCGCGGCCUCUGAAAUAGAAUCCCCUCAUUGAAAUAAUAGAGAGAGUGGGUUGUUUUCUACCUCCACUUUUUAAGGGCAGGAGGGUAUAAAUUCUCGAAUCCCCGUGAGGAUUCUCAGAUGCAGCAGAGGUGAUCCCGAAAGAUACACAGCAAGCCAAAGAGAAACGACGAAAAAAGGAGAAUAAGUACAAGAAGACAAACAAGUUUCUAGUGAACUUCCAUCUACUUGAGAUGAAACAGCAAAAAUCCCUUUUGAAAAGUCAAAGAACUUCUUACUUGGAAAAGAAAAUGCCUGUCGUUAUUGAAGAAAUCGCAAGCCUUGCAUGUCCAAGUGCUCAAAUUGAGGAUGACACUGCCAAUCAGAUCUUUGCCAUCAUUCUGCAAGAUUGGAUGUUCAACUAUGGCAGUUUGUACGUUAGAGAGGACUAUAAUCUCCUGUAUGGACGCAUCGACAGCAUUAUUUCAAAGCAACUCCCUCUACAUUUCUUCUUGCCUGGAUUUCCAGUUAAGAGUCCCAACGCCAAUGAAAAGGUUUUAGGUGUAUUGCCUGACUUUUCAGAGCUUCUCGCCAUCCGCAGAUUACAGACAACAGCAAGAAAACUACAAGCAAUAUACCAAGCUGGUGUGAAGAUAACAAUCUUGUCGGAUUAUCACACAUUUGAUCAGUACAUUGCAGUUGAUGAACAAGAGUACUUUGCUUACCACAGGGGUAUCAAGAAAAUGAUUCAGGAGGCUGGGGCUGAUGAUGUCAUAGAACUGAUUUCAUUGUCCACCUUUCCAGAGUUCAAAGGUAUUCCAACAAAAGAGAUAUCAACAUUCUUAUGCAAGAAUUUUGGUGGAGAUGAUUUUCUAUCUCAAUUUGAUGAAAACAUCUUGAAUGAUCAAUCACUACUUGAGAAGUAUCGGCAGUUGAGAAAGUUCAUGAUGACAGAUUUGAAGUCUAAUUUGCCAGGUUCUCCAAGCAGCAAAGCAUCAAAACGAUACAUCAAAGAAGUUGCAAGGGGGAUGAUGGCGCAAGGAGUUGCUCUCGAUACGUUCUUGAAGAAGCAGUGCAUGAUUAGCAAUUACAUAAGGCUAAGUAUACAUCAUCACGACCCUCAGUCUGGGAAAUUUGCAAUUGAUUUGUUCAAGGAGCAUGCAAGCAGCAAUGGAGUGUUGCGAACACCUUGGCAUCAUGUUACAGUUUUCGAUUCUGCACAAGGCAGAUUCAUUAUCAAUAACAAGAUCGAAGUUGAAAAAGAAGUUGUUGAUGGGAGCAUACUUGUCAAAGCUAAAUACGACGAUAAGGAUUGGCUUUAUGUUCGCUUGUAUAUGGAAAAUGACUUUUUUGGCCUAUUCAACGACAAGACUGACAGCCCUCCACUAGAAAUGUCACUUUACAGGAGCAGAUGCGGGUUGUGUUGGUAAACAAGCUGCAUGACCAGACUGGUGCUCCAAUCUCAUCUGAUUUUGUCAACAAAGAGUGCCUGACGAAUUUGGUUAAAGAAUUCGGACUUGUUGUCUUGAGAGGCUUCAAAGAGUUUGCAGAUGAAGAUGCAAUGAUAAAAUCUUACAAAGAAAGAUCUCCAAAUGGUCUUCUAGAAUGGAACUUUGGAUUGGUGCAUAAAGUUAAGCCCUUGAAGGAGUCGUCAAACAUCACUAGCAGUUUCGAAGGUCUACCGAUGCACUUUGAUAUGGUGGCACUUCCACGGUACAUGGGAAUUUCGCAAGACAGUCACAGGUAUGAAGACUUUGUAUGUAGAGAAUUUUUGCUGUAUUGCAGGCAAGGCUGCUCAGACGUCAACGAAGGACAGACAACUUUUGUCGAUGCCCAUUCUGCAGUUAUUUCAAUGAAUGGAAUGAAAAUACAGCAAUGGAAAGAUAUCGUCCUACAGUAUGAAACACAGGCAAGUACUGGGAAAGAUAAGGACGUUUAUUUCGGUGGACAAGGCAACUACUAUCAGUAUCCAAUUGUGCAGACAUGCCCUUGGACAGGAAAAGACGUUUUAAGAUGGCUGCAAAGCUGGACUCCAGAAGAGCACCCAAACAGCAGACAGCUGGGAUCACACAAAGUCAAAUCUUCCCCAUUCGGAUUGGAGACUACAUCAGAAGAACUUGAAAGCGAAAUCUGCCAACUUGCUUUUGACAAAAGGUUUUAUUUUGGACACUCAUAUGAACAAGGUGACCAAGUUUACGUUAAUAACUAUACAACACUUCACGGGAGGAACGGUUUCUCCCAAAUGAGGGAACUUUGGAGAAUACAGGCUGUUCCUCCAAGUGACAACCUGCCUGAUUAUUUUGUUAAACAUUCGUUAUAAGCGCUCUGUUCUGAUAUUCUUUAAUUUACCUUGUUGAGGAUAUUCUAGUUAUCUGCAAUUGUAGCUUCAAGCAAAUAAGCAUUAUUCGUUUUCAGAUGAAUUUGAUUACCCUUGAUUCAUAGAAAUAAAACUUAUUCACAUUUUGACUUGAUCAUCAGUCCAAUGGACAUCAAUUUUAUUUGAUAUGUAGUACAGCCCUUUUGAAAGAUAUCCUUUUCAAAAUCUGGUAUUGUUUUCAACUCAUUCUAACAAGAGGAGAAAUUACAAGAACAUAGCUAUCCAAAUUCAAAAUUAUACUCUAGUUUAUUUAAAUUAAUGAUUGAGUUUUGCAUUGCCUUCCAAAUUUUCCUCCCCCUGUUGCCCUGUCGUGAAUUUCCCUUGAUUCUAAGAAGUGAUAAAUUUUAUCUCAAUUUCAAGGAAAUAAUCACCUUCCCCCUCCAUGUCACUGCAUCAUUAAAAUCUAGCUGGAUUCUCUAGAUUAAAAGUAUGCUUUCAACGAGAUUUUUUUUCUCUUGAGGUCCUUGCUGAAAUAUCUAUACUGUUUCAUAGAUUGCUAUAGAUUGCUAAAAAUUGUUUGUAAGCUGUGUUCUAUCAUAUCACAUAGAAUGGCUGGUUCUUUUCUAGAUAAAUAUUCAAUAUAUUCAAUUCUUCCUAUUUUUUUCAAUUUUGCCUCAAACUUUCUUGUUUCAUUGGGACCAUAGUUUCCCCAAAAUUUAGGGGACCAAAAUUUGAAAUUGUUUGCGGUUUCUUUCAAUUUUGAACUUAAGCAGAUAAAAGAGUUUGUUUGUAAGAAACUAAUCUUAUUGUGACACCACUGGUUACAGUCACAUAAAAUUUAGACCCAAACAGGCAAAACUAUUAUAUUAGCUUCGCUUACAGUCACAUUCCGUUUACAGUCACUUGCUUUAAAGCAAUAUUUGAUGACUAUAUUCGGAGUCUAUUUGGCCAUGUCAAUUUUCUUAGGCAAUUACAAGA